AUGGCAGCCUUACUCCCAGGUGAGUGCGGGUGACUUGCUAACUUGGGAGUAACGCCUGGUGUGGAAUUUGCAGCGCUGUCCUAAUAAUUGUUGUUGUUGUUUAGUCCUGUCCGACUCUUCGUGACCCCAUGGACCAGAGCACGCCAGGCACUCCUGUCUUCCACUGCCUCCCGCAGUUUGGUCAAAUUCAUGCUGGUAUCUUCGAGAACACUAUCCAACCAUCUCAUCCUCUGCCGUCCCCUUCUCCUUGUGCCCUCCAUCUUUCCCAACAUCAGGUUCUUUUCCAGGGAGUCUUCUCUUCUCAUGAGGUGGCCAAAGUAUUGGAGCCUCAGCUUCACGAUCUGUCAUUCCAGUGAGCACUCGGGGCUGAUUUCCUUCAGAAUGGAGAGGUUUGAUCUUCAUGCAGUCCAUGGGACUCUCAAGAGUCUCCUCCAGGACCAUAAUUCAAAAGCAUCAAUUCUCCAGCGAUCAGCCUUCUUUAUGGUCCAGCUCUCACUUCCAUACAUCACUACCGGGAAAACUAUAGCUUUAACUAUACAGACCUUUGUUGGCAAGGUGAUGCUUGGAAUUAAGUCAUGUUGAGUUCAGUGGGACUUACUCCCAGCCUCGGGUUUGAAUAAACCUAUUCCGUCAGUGAUGCUUUCCUGCUUUCUUGUGUAACGCUAGCUCAACGUGGCCAUGUUCAGUUUAGAGAACUGCUGCACCAGAUAAGGGGAUCUGGCUGUAGGUAUUUCCAACUUUAAAAUUGCUUCACUAGUCUACCGAGUGUUUUAAACUAUGGACAUUGGCUUGCAGAGAAUAUUCACACAAGAUGGAUACAAUUCAAAACAUUAUCAGAAAGUUGCAUAACAAACAAUGGAAAGAAAUGUAUCAUCUGUAUCCAUGAAAGGAAGAACUAUCUCCUCCCAGAGCCAGGCUUCCUUGAGGAUAUUGUGCUUGUGACCUGGAAAAUGAAGUUUCUGAUUGUAGUUGUUUGCAAAUUACAACUACAAAUCAGGUAUUCGUUAAAUUUUAUUUCGAAUUCCCAUGAUAAUCUGUUUCAGCAUUGACAGGUAAUAAGAUGAUGUGUGAGAAAUUAGCACAAAGCCUAGUAUAUUGCAUAUUGGGUAUUAAUGAAUUAUAAAGAUUUUGCAGGCUUUCUGUUUUUUUGUUUCAACAGUUGUGAAAGCUUACUACUGUGUUAAACUGCCUUUUUUUUAAUGCUCCAAAGGGGUCCAUAGAGCCACAGUAUUGAUAGAGCUGCCAUUAAUAAUACAGACACUCAAACAGAUUUGUGUAUAUUUUCAGAAACUGAAGGAUAUUUAAAAUGUAAACAGGCAUUAACUGCUUGUUAACUGCAUAGCUUAUUUCUACACACUAUAACAUUUUUGUCUCCCCUGUAUUAAAUAUAUGGGUGCCCAUAACAUUUAAAAUACCUUUCAAUAUGAAAGCAAAGGCUAAAAAUGUCUGUAAAAAUGAGAUUUCAAAAUACUCAUAAGCAUUAAAUAGGCUUUUUAGAAAUGCACGAUUAUACUGAAAACUGUGUAACAAAAAUGAACUGUUAACAAGCAUUACUUUGCCUGUAGUAGGAUGGCUGCCAAACUUUAAUUGGCUUAAAAGCUAUUCUUCAAUCAAUGGAGCAUUGUGUCUUAAAGGCAAUAAUACUAGCUUUAUGGUUUUAGCGUUAAACGGUUUUUUUGUGGGGGGAACCCUUGGUAAAUACAAUAUGGAACAUAUUUUCUCUACCUCACCACCAAUGUAUUUGCUAUCUUUAAAUAUAUAUUAAGACUGCAGAGAUGAGAGAGUGAAGUACAGGUAACUAACCAAAUCUUUUGCUAGAUUGGAUACUUCAGUAAGUAUGAAUACUGUAUUGCUUUUUUUUGUAUUUUUUGUAACAAAUGAGGUGCCGAUACUCAUGUCUUGUUCUAAAAUAGCUUGUUCUUAACAUGUCACCAAAGGUGCCAGAAAGCCAAGUGAGACUCUUUAGGGAAGCAAUGAGGAACUUGUGGGCUUCAAGAUGACCUCAACAGAUUGGAGAAGUGGGCCAAAACUAAGAAAAUGAAUUUCAAUAGGGACAAAGGUCUGGUUCUGCACUUAUGCAGGAACAACCAGCUGCACAAAUAUAAGAUGAAGGACACCUGGCUUACCAGUAGUGCAUGUGAAAAGGAUCUAGGAGUCUUAGUAGACUAUAAGCUUAACAUGAAUAAACAGUGAUGCAACAGUGAAAAAGCUACUGAUAUUCUAGGCUGCAUCAACAGAAGUAUAGCAAUCCAGUUGGAUGGGUGGAGAAUAAGUAAUAACUUUUUAUUAUUAUCAAGGGAAGUAAUAGUACUACUCUAUUCUGCCUUGGUCAGACCAUACCUGGAGUACUGUGUCCAGUUGGAUGGGUGGGGUAUAAGUAAUAAAUUAUUAUUAUUAUUAUUAUUAUUAUUAUUAUUAGAAGUAAUAGUGCUACUCUAUUCUGCCUUGGUCAGACCAUACCUGGAGUACUGUGUCCAGUUCUGAGCACCACAAUUUAAGAAGGACAUUGACAAACUGGAAUGUGUGCAGAGAAGGGUGACAAGAUGACAAAGGGUCUGGAAACCAAGCCUUAUGAGGAACAAUUGAGGGAGUUGGGUAUGUUAAAGCUGGUAAAGAGGCGACUAAGAGGAGCCAUGAAAGCCAUCUUCAAAUAUCUAAAGGGUUGCUACAUGGAGGAUGGAGCUAGAUUGUUUAUUCUGCUCCAUAGGCUAGGACCCAAACCAAUGGAUUCAAAUUACAAGAAAGGACUUACUGACUAAACACCAGUAAGAACUUUCCGACAGUGGAACAGACUCCCACAAGAGGUGGUGGACUCUCCUUCCUUGUAGGUUUUAAGCAGAGGUUGCUUGGCCAUCUAUCAUAGAUGCUUUAGCUGAGAUUUCUGUGUUGGACUAAAUGACCCUCAGAGUCCCUUCCAACUUUACAAUUCUUUGAUUUGGACUCCUCCAACUGAGCAUUGGUCAUAGUCGCAGAGGCUGAUGGGAGCUGACAUUUGGAGGACCACAGGUUCCCUACCUCUGCCUUAGUGAAAAUAUUUCACAACGAAGAGGCUAUGAUGAAAACGACUGUGAUUGAUUGAAGUAUGAGUCUUUGUGUAUGUGUAUGUAUCACAAAUAUAUGGUAUUGUUGUAAACAAAAAUUGCCCUUUCCCAUUAUGGGGUAUCCAAGAGCCCAUAUAGACAUAGGAUCCCUAUUGGUAGGAGAGAAUAACAGAGGCCAACCAGAGAAUACUGAGAAACAAAGCAGCUAGUAAGCUUGAUCUUUAUUUAUCUGUUGCAACAGGGUCUCCCCUCACCUGCGGGAGAGGAGGAGGGACCCAGAAAAAUGGCGUGCAAGGCCUUAUAAAGACUUUUGAAAUUGCCACCCUGUAGAUCCAGACCACCCCCAGAAACAUCAUACAUACAUCACAGAAGGGGUGUAACCCAAGACCACCCCUCAGAUACAUCAUACCUACAUCACAGCAAAGGCGGUCUUAAAACAAAAAUUUGAAUGUUGUUUUUCUCCUGUCCUUGUUUAUCUCCUGUCUGGCAAGUUACUUGAUUGGAUUGCCUGGGGAGCCUGGCCAAUCUUUUGUAAUGAUAAAUACUUAGUUCCUGGGCCAGGUCACAGGCUCACACCCUAUUCAAACACAGACAUACCCUUAAGACAGGAUUUGUGAAGGAAAAAACAAUGGGGAGGGUUUCCACUUUGACCAUGCAGAGAAACAUUUGCUCAGUUUAGAAAUCAAAAUGGCUUCAGGUCGGUCUUCCUGUGCUGAUCUAUGUACGUGCGGUUAUGAACAUUACCAUAUAUCUAAGACAUCAAAAUUCCCAUUACAGAUGAGAAGAAGUGGCUUUUUAAUUACCCAGGUCUGAGGCUUUAAAAGUAAUCUCCUUUUUCAUGUUUCUGUAAGGAAUGAGGAAUUACAAAGAAAGCAUGUUGUUUUGACUUGCAGUAUUUCUAAGCUCAGAAUUAACAUGGGUGGGUAACCCCUGGCUAUUAACCUCAGGAGCUAGGAAAUACCGGUAAAGGCAGUGGGCACUUAUCUCAGGAAGAGCAAUUGACAAGAUUAGAGCUGUGAUUUGCCCAGUCAUUGGCAUCUUCUAUGUUUGAAACAUUCCUUCUGUGGCCUUGUCAACUGCACUCCUCUGACAGAGAUGAAAGUACAGUAAGCAUAACAUUUGCAUUCACAGCAGUUUCAAGAUACUACAUGAAAUAGCAGAACAAAACAACAACAACUCGACACAUGACAGUGACUCCCUUGAUAAGGCUGUGAUUAACUGAAGUUCCACUAAGGCUUGCUUGUUUUUCUCCCAAGAGGACAACACACACCCCUCCCACCAUGUCAAGAUGCAUAACACCCAAAGCUGCCAGGCUAGUUUGGCAUCUAAGGCAGAAAAUCCCACAAGCACUUGUUCCUGCUCCCUGGCAUUAAAAAUAUAAUAAUGAAUUAAAUAACCAAAACUUGUCUGCAGCUGCCUGGAGCCUAAAUAUAGGGUGGGCCUUGGGUGAGCCUAAGAUUGCAACCUACAGAACAGUGAUCUGCAAACUCUGCCUGCCCCCAGCAGACUACUGGAAAAUUAAUGUGCAUUUCAGACCAUUUAAACUUGUUUUUUAAAAAACAAAAACAAAAAACAAAUCCAAACGUGUAACACAUUUUAAUAUUUUAUAUUUUAACUUGCAUAUGUUUUAAAGUAUGGUUGUGAUUUUUUUCUCAAUUUUACUGUUUUAUCUUUUGUAAACUAUUUUGAAGGUGUUGGUUGUUGUUUUUUAACAGUCAAGUGGUGCAUAAAUUUUAUGAAAUAAAUAAAAUACACAAUUUUAAAAUAAAUGUAGCACUUGACUUUCUAAAGUGCUUAUGUUUGCAGUUUUAAGAAGUAGGUAAAGGACCCCUAAAGGGACGCGGGUGGCGCUGUGGGUUAAACCACAGAGCCUAGGUCUUGCCGAUCAGAAGGUCGGCGGUUCGAAUCCCCGCGACGGGGUGAGCUCCCAUUGCUCAGUCCCUGCUCCUGCCAACCUAGCAGUUCGAAAGCACGUCAAAGUGCAAGUAGAUAAAUAGGUACCGCUCCGGCGGGAAGGUAAAUGGCAUUUCUGUACGCUGCUCUGGUUCACCAGAAGCGGCUUUGUCAUGCUGGCCACAUGUCAUGCCGGCUCCCUCGGCCAAUAAAGCGAGAUGAACGCCGCAACCCCAGAGUCGGUCAUGACUGGACCUAAUGGUUAGGGGUCCCUUUACCUUAAAGGACUCCUGGACCGUUAACUCCAGUCAUCUCGCUUCAGGCCAAGGCAGCCAAUGUUUGUCCACAGACAGCUUUCUGGGUCAUGUGGCCGGCAUGACUAAACCGCUUCUGGCACAACGGAACACUGUGAUGGAAGACAGAGCCAUUUACCUUCCUGCCGCAGCAGUACCUAUUUAUCUACUUGCACUGGUGUGCUUUUGAUCUGCUAGUUUGGUAGGAGCUGGGACAAAGCAAUGGGAGCUCAUCACCAUCAAGCAGAUCACCAUCAACCUUCUGAUAGGCAAGCCCAAGAAGCCCAGCGCCACCCACGUCCCUUUACCUUUUAGGAAGUAGAUGUUCCUAUUGUCAUGGAAAAUGAUAAAUCAAUUGCAGGGCCAAGACUGAUCUUUCCACAGACUACUUGAUUGGCAUUUGUAGGCCUUAGUUUGAGAACUUCUUCUGUAGAACUUUGUUCUCCCUUACAAAUGCAAAUAGUUAAUCUAGUAGUAAAACUGAUUUUAGUAUAUUAAACAUGCAGUGGUCUAUAAUCGCGAGAGGACAGUGUUCAAACAGGACCGUGUAUCUUACACACCUUCCUGGAUAAAGUAAUGAGUGGGUCUCUGGAGAAACUUUAAAGAAGCGGUGCCUCUCAUCAUGAAGAAGUACACUGGAGGGGUGUUAUGUACUGAGUUGAAUAGGAUCCAAACUGCAGCAGUCUGAUUGGUCCUAGAACAAUAGGAUCCAAAAGGCAGCAGUCUGAUUGGUCCUAGAACAAUAGGAUUCAGAAUGCAGCAGUCUGAUUGGUCCUAGAACAAUGCAGCAGUAUGAUUGGUUGGCAGGAACCACCUAAUCAUGCUCCAGAUAGAAGUGAAUCCACAACCUGAUUGGCUUACAGUAGAAUUCCGGAAUUAGCCAAUCAUGUGCAGCCCAUUGUGUAAAUAAUGUAUAUAAAGCAGAUACUUUGAGGGGACUUUCAUUCAUUCCUCCUCACCACUAUGAGCUGAAUAAAGAGCAUGAAAUCACUUUGCGACUCUGAGUAUAUUUCAUUAUCUAUGUGGUGAUGCUGCAGAUGGGGUUUAUGGGGUGUUGGGGAUGGGUAGUACCUCUGGUGGGGGAUACAUUGUGCUCCUUCUGCAGUAGUUUGUCCACCAUUGCUCCACACCCUGCACUCAGCUCUCUCACCUGUGGUUCCUAGAAGCUGUCAGCAUGUGACAGAAGCCACACCCUGGAAACAGCUUCGACUGGCCAGUUAAACCAGGUGAGGGUAGCUGAUGGGUCUCAAACCCUCAGUGAGUUAGGGACUUCCUCUGCAUGUGAAGGAGGAUUGAGCGGAUGAGACCAAUAGUGGGUCCAGUGGUUAAGAAGGCGGUUUCUACAUGUACUGUAGAGGGAAGGGAGGGGCAGAUGGGGCUCAUCAACCUGGGAAGGUAGCUCAUCUAGGAGAAGGAAAACACUCCGCUGCCUUGCGGGAUAUCUUUGGGAGAAUAAAGGGCCAAGCUGCUAAGGAGUAAACUUUACAUAAAUCUGGAGUAGAGUCCUUAAGAGAGUUGGGUAGCGCCUUGUAUGCCUCCUCCUGGCAACUCUUGCAGCCAUGAUGGUGCCACAUGUAUUGCUCUGAUUUCCUUUGGACCCCAUCAGCGAGGCUGAAAGGGGGGUCUUGUUGUCUGGGCAGCCCAGGACCUUCACACACACUGCCCAGGCUUGUGCGCCAAGGUCACUUCAGUGCCGCUAACACAGCAAUUUGACUUCACUCUGAGAGGCACAUUCCACUGUCUCUUGAGGCAGACAGAUGCCAACAGCAACUACAAAAUGCUGAAGUCAUGAGUCCAUGAACAUGGUUGUAUCUGGAGCCCAACAAUUAUCUGGACUGGGAAAUUUCCUCAUUAAACACUGAAUUAACAGAUAGCAAUUUGAGGUAAAGGUAAAGCGACCCCUGACCAUUAGGUCCAGUCGUGGCCGACUCUGGGGCUGCGGCGCUCAUCUCGCUUUAUUGGCCGAGGGAGCCAGUGUACAGCUUCCGGGUCAUAUGGCCAGCAUGACUAAGCUGCUUCUGGCGAACCAGAGCAGAGCACGGAAACGCCGUUUACCUUCCCACCAGCGCGGUACCUAUUUAUCUACUUGCACUUUGACAUGCUUUCGAACUGCUGAGUUGGCAGGAGGUAGCAGUUUGAGGUAGCAAUGGCUAAAGCCUUAUCUGUUAGCAGGGUUUCACCGUCAACACUGCAGGUAUAGGACUCUGUUUCUGUGUAUGUGAGAAGGUGUGCUAGAAGCAAAAAAGAAAAAAGAAAGGGGGAAAAUGUGUGCUAUAAAUAAUAAAUGAAACACUCCCGCAGACAUGGGUCUCCAACACACACACAUUAAUUACACACCAGAGAGCGCAACUGUAGCCAGUUCAAGCACUUAAUUCAUGAUUUGCAUUUAUUAAAAAACAUUCCAUUACUUUAACAAUACAGUCAUCCAACUGUGAAAUAACAGCAAGUCAGAUGUGCUCAUGGACAGAAAAAUGUGGUUUCUUAUGCCCAUUGUACAGUGCAAAGCUGCCAAAUUUCACACCUUAGAAUCCAGUCCUUUCUUUUCUCUCUUUCCACCCUGCCGCACACACUCAUAUACACAAUUAACGUGUCUGCUCUCACCUAUCCCCUUAUGGGAAAAGUCACAACUUUCAUCAGUCUCACUAGUACCGAUUUAAAUAACCUGGCAACCCUUGAAUAGUUUUAGUUCAUCAAUUCCAAUUAAGGGUUGGCAAAGAAAUCCAAAAUACACACAGGAUUUUCUCCUGAAUGGGCAACACGACCAACAAGUUAUUUCUAAUAUAGUCCAAAGGGAUGCCGUCCGUGUCUCUCAAAGUAUGCGUGACAUGAUUAGUUUGAGUGCCUAGGAGUCAAACACUGCCAAAUUAAGUAUAACAGGAAUAUCAUUUAUAACAGAAAAAGGUAGGCGAAGAGUGAUGUAAUAAUUUUCCGGUAGAUUAUUUUAUAAAGUACCGUGUACAUCAUAUGCCAGCACUAGAAUGAGCUCCCAUUUAAGCAAUGACUGGUACAUACCUUUUGCAUUUCAUAGUAGCCUCAGGCUCUUUUGAAUGAAAAGUCCAGCUGCGUCGUUAAUGAAACAUUUAAAUCAACUUGAUCUGUGCCACUCUGCAUUGGUACCAUUACAUAGUAUCAUAAUUUCACUGUAUGUUUUUAGCAUUGGAAAUUGUAUUCUCAUAGAGUUUUUCCGGUUGCUUCACAAUAUGCAGACAUAGGGUGGUAUUCAGGUAAGGGCUCAUAGUCCUGCCACUUUCCCCCUGGACACCUGAUCUCUACUAGUGAAUCGGAGCAAACAUUCUCCAGAUUGCUAAAGAGUGGGUUUUCCAGGGAAAGUGGUGGGUACAAGGGCCAAAACCUCUUGGAUCCAUGACUAGAAAGUGAAGGACAAGUGGGAAACCACUUGGACCCAUCCUUUCUAAGCACAGGACAAUCGGGAGUCUGGAUGAGCCCCAAGUCCUAACCAGAGCAGACCCAUUGAAAUUAAUAAACCUGUUACUCUUAACCAUUAACUUCAGUGAGUAGGACUAGUAAUGAAUACCAGCCAUAUGGAAUGGAAUUGCAUUAUACAGCUAGCUACAGAAAAACAGAAGAGUGUCCCACAUUAUUUUGCAUCAGAAAGUUCCCUGCGACAUGUCUGUAUCUUUGGGCUUGUUUGAUCCAAUGGAGUUAGAAAAAAACAUUACUGAAACUAAACCACGACAAUAGUAUUUGGUUUUAAGUUAUCUGGAUUUUUUAAAGUCCUGUUAUACUUGCCCUGGGAGUUCCAGGUAACAUCCAAAACAUUUAGGGUUAUUGUCUCUGAUCUGUUGUUUUACCAGUUCCAGGAUAAUGAAUGAUUAUUCAGAGUAAUGACUCCCAUCCACCUACGUUUCCACCUGGCCUGCUGUCACAGUCAAUUUUCCUGCCUGUCUCCUCCAGUGUUAACAAGCAGAUCUCUUGUUCUGCCUCACCAUUUUCUGAAUUCCAUUUCACUGCUUUGAGGAUGUUAAACCAACAGGUGCUGUCUGCUGAUGAAGAGCUGAGAACCAUAAAGAAGUAAUUAACAAAAUCCUUCAGAAAAAUACACAUCCCAAACUAAACAACACUCUCUGUGGCAAAAUAAAUUUGUUUUCACAAAAGUUUUCACAUACUGGCUCUUAAAAGCUAGUGAAAAUAAAGAAUAAGAAAGGUUAUGGAAAAGGCUCAAACACCGUAUCAGCAACUCAAAGACUGUCAAUAUCCUUAGUAUCUAUAGUAGAGGGGUGGGGCAUCUUACGUCCAAACCUGGCUCUUCAGGCAUCUCUGUUUAGCUCUUGGCACUCUCCCCAGGUUACACCUUCUCUGCAGCCACAUCCCUCACAAGUCCUACUUUGCCCCCUUGUUGAAUGAAAGAAACGUGACUUGGUGAGGCUAGCCUGUAGAGAGGGGAAAUUGCAGUGCAGGAAGCGAGGAAGUUGAGCACGUGGACCUACUUGGAGUUAGGUAGCGCAGCCCAUAGGGUUGUCUCAAAGUAGAGGAUGCUGUUGAAAUUUGAGACCCCAAGGUCUGCCACUGGCCUGACAGACUCUAAAUAAAUAAAUAAACAAACAAACAAACAUACCUCACCCAUCUGGCUGGGUUUCCCCAGCAACUCUGGGCAGCUCCCAAUAGAAUAUUAAAACCACGAUAAAUACAUCAAACAUUAAAAACUUCCCUAAAAAGGGCUGCUUUCAAUUGUUUUCUAAAAGUCAGAUAGUUGUUUAUUUCCUUGACAUCUGAUAGGAGGGCGUUCCACAGGGCGGGUGCCACUACCGAGAAGGCCCUCUGCCUGGUUCCCUGUUACCUCACUUCUCGCGGUAAGGGAACUGCCAGAAGGCCCUCGGAGCUGGACCUCAGUGUCCAGGCUGAAUGAUGGGGUUGGAGAUGCUCCUUCAGGUAUACUGAAGAGCUCGCUCACGAUUCUGUGGGCCUGAUAUGGCCCCCGGAACCAUUCCCCUCAGGAUGGUUCUGCAGGCCCAGGAUUGCAGCCCCCACAGUAAUGGCAAGCACGCUUGCACACCCUCCAAGUGUCCUUAUUUUCCAGAAACAGCCCCGGAUUUACAGAUGCCGUCCCCAUUUCUGAUUUGAUCUUGGAAUGUCCCGCUUUUCCUUAGGACGCCCCAAUUGUCAUCAGAUAAAUGUUGGAAGAUAUGGAGUUAAUGCAGCCCCCAAGCCAAGGAGAUACGUUACUAUACAACCUUUUGAAGAUACCUGAAGGCAGAUGUUGAAAUGUUUUAUUAUGUGUUUGCUAUAUGUUGGAAGAUGCCCAGAGUGGUUAGGCAACCCAGUUGGGUAUAAAUAAUAAAAUUAUUAUUAUUAUUAUUAUUAUUAUUAUUAUAGAAUAGGGCAUCCUUAUUUUCAUCGGAGAAAUGUUGGAGGGUGUGCACUUGCAGGGUCUGGUCCGGUGUUGAAAUUCUUGUAUCGCAGCAGGGGUUGGACUAGAUCAGUGAUGGCGAACAGCACUCAGAACUCUCUAUGUGGGCACGCGUCCCGUCACCCAAGCACAGUUUGUAGGGGCACGAGUUUGUAGGGGCAGUGUGAGUGCAGAGUAAAGCCGCGCAUGCGCGAAUAGCCAGUUUGCCACCUGUGGGCUGCAGCAGAAACAUGAAUGCUCCAUUCCACUGGUGCAGAACUGCCAGUAAGCCGGGCAGCAUUUUGUUCCCUCCAGCACGAGUGGGCUUUAGAAGUGCAACCUAACGGGCUAGCCAUCGAAUCACAGGAUUGUUGGGACUUGGAAGGUAACCUAAGGGGAAAGGGUCAUCUAAGUCCAACCCCCCAAUGAUGAUCUCAAGUUGACUCUUCUCAACUACAGCAUCCAUGGCAGAUGGCCAUUCAGCUUCUACUUUGAAAUUUCCCAAAGAAGAGUUUCUUGAAGGGAAAUUAUCAAAACGGCCAUGUUGUCUGACAGCAAUUACCUUUUUCAUUAUUUCCCAAACAAGGAUAAUGCAAACUUUUGCCUUUCAAUUACAAGUUAUUUGUAUCAUUGAAAGCUCUGCUAUUGUUUUUCUUUUAGGACAAAAGAUGUUAAUGUAGGAGUUGUUUUUUCUAAACUAAAACUUCAGUUUUCAGGUUAAAUUGCCAUGCUGGCACUUUGCGAGAAAUAAGUGGGUUGCAGAUUGGGCACUCGGUCUCUAAAAGGUUCGCCAUCACUGGACUAGAUGAUCCUUGGGGCUCCCUUCCAAUUCCACAACUCAUAUACAGUAUGAGCUAACUGGUCUUCCUGAAUCCGCUCAGGAGACAAGACUGGGCGGCACGUUCGGUGGGCUGUGAGAACUGGCUAUCAGCCAGAUAGACUAAAAGGAUGACGCGGCAGGUGCGCACUAGGAUUCGAGGCUGUCACGUGUGAGGAGAGCGCGAGAGGCGCUCGGACGCGCGGAGACCGGAAGUGACGCGCGCGAAGGGGGCCGGACUCUUGAGGCAGUAAUGGCGGCCGUGCGUCUGUGUUGUUGAAGCCUCCAGCGUCUCUGAUAGGUGAGGGGCCUAGUCUUCCCCGCGUCCGCGGCGAACUCCUUUCCUGGCCGUGUUGCGCGAAAGGGGGUAAAGUUACCUGCUCUCGGUAUCCUCCGUCACAGUGACACUCGCGGGGGGCGGGCGGGGGCGGUGUCGUCCGUUGGUCCGCGUUACAGCGAAGGCGAGGUUGCGUGUUUGUGUGGGGGAGCGCGCGGUCGCCCUUGUGGAGGUGAUUUGGGGGCGGGGUCCCUUGCUUACGGGGCGGGCGGUGGGCCGUAGGCCGCGGGGGCGAGUGUACCGCCGGCUGCAGCGCGACGGCGGGGAUAUGGUCGUGUGAACGUGUCUGCGCCGGGUUCCAAGGUUACGCUGAGAUAGGACGAGGGUAAGAGGACGAGGGAAGGUGGCGAAUGCGGCGCCGCGCGAUUCGUUCGGGAUGCGGGGCUUGUGCAAGAACCGCGUCGAAAUUCCACUUUUGCUUAAUCUGAUGUCUGUGGCGCGUGUUACGUAAGCGCCGAGGGGCUUAAGGGAAGGAGCGCCGGCUUGGCCAGGUUAGGCUUGCAGAGAAGGGAAAAUAGCAGCAGCGCAAGAAGUUGAGCAGGUGGACCUAUUUGGGAGUUAGGUAGGGGGCAGCCCCGUUUCGAAGUAAUAGUGUUGCUGCGCAACUGGGGGGGGGGGAGGGUUGGGGGAAGGGCGUGUCAAGCGCUUUUGCAUUCCGUUCCAUCCCGCCUGCAGGUGGAAUAGCUUUGAGAGGGGCAAAGGUCAGGUUAAAUUCGCCAGGCGAUGGAGGCAAUAAUAUGCAAUUAUCUCUAUCAGGAAAUAAAACCCCAGUACGUUCUGCUUCUGUUUGUUAGCACUAUUCUCUUGGCUCCAGUUCAGCUCCUCCCAUCAGAUCCACUCAUUGUGAUCUGUGUAAACAAGCGGCCGCUUAAGGUUCCGAGCAGCUUUCGCUUUUGCCAGCUUUGACGUGCAGCUGCUUGCAAACUCCUGCGGGAUUUUUGUACUUAACACAUCAGUUUUGACUACUGUUUAAUGACAGGUAGAAAUACUGCUGCUCUAGAUGACUUUUCCAGACAGAGUAGCCACCUUUGCUUGUUGGAAUACAUUUUAAACUGCGAGUUGCAUGAGGUGGUGAGGGCGUUGUAUCUUUAAGGUAGGAUUGCUACUGUGUAUCACAGUGGUUGUUUACCCUUGGAGUAAGCAGCUAUUGAAGGGUUUUUUAAAAAAUAAAAAAAUAAAAAAUACGAAUUCUUAAAUAUUGACUUAAAUGUUUGGGGUAAUUUAUUGCCUUUAGAAAGCUGGUCUUGAAUGAGCUUGAAAAACAUUCAUUUUCAGUGUUCCUGUUUGUAAUGGAAACAAAAAAAGGUGGUUCUUGAAUAGAUAAUAGAUAGUAGGUUGCACUGUUGAUGCUGCUCUAUUAAAGAGGACAUCGAGUGCUUUAAACAGUAACUCUUAGGAGGAUAGUCACAGUCCACGGUGUGUGGAAUACUAUGGCAAAUAAGUAUUAAUGCUGAGGCAUACUAUUCCCUCCAGACCAAAGUGACAAUGAUGAAACUACCAUUUCCAAUUUAAUAUGCAAGCUUCUGAAGUAUGCCAAAAACCUUCCUAAAGCUGGAUGCUGCAAGAAUUCUUCAAAAGGUACAAAAAAUGUUUCUUAUUGAAGGCAUGGUAUUAAACCCUUGUUUGCAGAUUGUUCUUAAGAGAAUGAGAGAAAUUAUUGUGGAGUUAAUCAGGUUAGAUUAUUGCCUUGGGCUAGGGACUCAAGUUUUACAAAUAUGCUGGGAUAAAAACACAAUGGAUGUAUUUCUGGAAAUACAAAAACUAAUUAUAAACCAUAUCUUUCUUUAACACAGAAUUAAAACAUGUUCAGCUUUAUGUCCUUUAUAGGAAAUUCUGAUAUUAAGAAGAACAUUCAUAAAAAAACUAUUUACCUGCCUUUUUUGCACUACGAUCCCAUAAAACAAGUUUUAUGGCAUCAAAGAACAGAUUUGUUGUAGUAUAAACUACCACUGAGCAGAACCCUUUUCAUCAAGCACAUGAAAUAUAAUCUCCAUUUGAACUACACAUGUGUCUGAAGAGAAUUCUAAUUACCAAGGCCUAAAAGCCAUAAAAUGCAAAGGGUGUUUCAUUCUUAUUUAAAUAUUCUAAUGAAACAGGAUAAUCACUGAUCAGUCAUAACAGUGAGUUAACAGAAGGUCCCUAGUUUUGUGAUGCCAAUGAAGUUGCAAUCCUGAUGCCUGAAUCUUGUGACUAUACUCUAUUGUGCUUGAUGUGACUGACUUCUGAGUAUACUGGUACAGGAUUUUGUUGUUAAUGUAGUGGAAGGGGGAAAAUCCCCCCUAAAGUGGAUUUGAGCCUUUUGCAUAGUAAAUAGAAGGCCUCUGGUCAAAGCUCUGCAGGCAUGUCUGUCCAAAUAUAGAUUUGCUCCUGCAGAUACAUAACUUUAUGAAGCUAUUGGAAUUUUUGUGUCAUUCCUCAGUGGAGUCUGAGGAUAGUGACCAGUAAACAUGGUGAAGAGUUGCUUUUCAGCCUCUUGUAUAUGUAGACCAGUUAGGUCAUGAUAAACUCCCUUCCUUUGUCAGUGUGAAUAUGAUGAUUCAGAUGUGUUUUGGAUGCUUUUUGUGGUCUCAUGUUCUGCAUAGCUGAGAUUGUGGCAACAAUACUAUCCACUAAUGAUGUUUGCCUAGACAUGGUGAUAAACACAAUCUGUUUUUGUGACUAUCAGAAAGGAGUCUUAUUAAAAACUGUUUUUAAAAUAAGCUUCCCGUUACGUAUUGACUCAACUCAGGAGUGCACAUUACCUUAGUAACCUUGUGAAUAUUCCUGUACACAACAGUUGGCUAAGUUAUGCAGUCUAAUGUUCUUUAUCCCACAGUUGCUAGCAUAGAGUAGCAUCCACUUCACUCCUAAGUCAUGCUUUUGUAAUGAGGUUUUCACUAUAAAAACUGUAUUGGAAGAGAUAACUUUGCAUUAAGUCAUUAUGUGCAUUUGCCUUUAAUGAGGAACAAGAUGGAGGGAGUGAACAUAAGAAUCUCUUGGAUCAGACUGGAUAGCCAAUGUGGUGCUCUUGGCAGUGCAGACUACAGUGCCUAUAAUGCCUGAAAAUAGGCCUUGCUGGCUGGGGCUCAUGAGAAUUGCAGGCCAUAGUGUCUGGAAGACAUCACCUUGGCUAUGCCUGGAUCAGAACAAAUGUAGUCCUCAUCCUGAUUCCCACAUUGGCUACUCACCUGCCACCAAGAAGCUUACAGUCAGAGUUAGAAGGUAAAGCAGGUGUCUUCCCAGCAACAGGCGUUCAUUGGCAAACUACCUUUGGGUCUAGGCUGAUGAAAGUUUGGAUCAGUUAAACAACAUUGGAAUGACCACAAAGUUUCCCAUCCAAAAAAACACUGAGCCUAGGGCUUGCCAAUUGGAAGGUUGGCAGUUUAAAUCUCCGUGACGGGUUGAGCUCCCGUUGCUCAGUCCCAGCUCCUGCCAACCUAGCAGUUCAAAAGCAUGUCAAAGUGCAAGUAGAUAAACAGGUACCGCUCCUGCGGGAAGGUAAACAGUGUUUCCGUGCGCUGCUCUGGUUCGCCAGAAGCGGCUUAGUCAUGCUGUACGCCGGCUCCCUCGGCCAGUAAAGUGAGAUGAGCGCCACAACCCCAGAGUCGUACGCAACUGGACUUAAUUGUCAGCGGUCCUUUACCUAUACUAGUGAUCAAGACCACAUUCUUUGACAGCAAAUUCCAUCAUGCAGUGAUGUGGCACAGAAAAUUUUCUAAAACUGAAAAUUUUCUAGCAGUAUCUUUUGUGGAAACUUUAUCAAUUUCAUCAGUUUGUUAGUAAUAAUGAAUGGAUGCCAAUUGCAAAUAUUAUAUUAGAUAAGUUUGGUAGUUUCAAAGUGUUUAUCUUUGUUUACUAAAUACAAGUAAUAUAAAUGUUCUCAAAGUCAGUGGAGCAUUUUGCAAUGCAAACUACCCUGUGCAAAAUUUGCCUAGGAUUCUCCCUCCCCCCAUUUGAACCUUUCCCACAAAAUCCACAUCAGUGUUCUAGUGUUAGGCAAUGCAUCUGGCUGUUAGCCAGAAGGUUGGUGGUUUGAGCCCACCCAGGGACAGGUGUGGGCAGGAUUCCUGCAUUACAGGGGCUUAGAUUAGCUGACCCCUGGAUCCCUUCCAACUCUGCAAUUGUAUUAUUCUGUCUGUCCUGAAUCUACUGCCAGUUAAUUUUAUUGAGAGACAAGAGCACUAAUAUUAGAGGCAGAAAAUCUUGUCUAUUCUUACCCAUGCAUACAUUUUAAAAAUCUUGUAUUUUUCUAGUUCAGUAUAAAAUAGUUCAGCUUUUUCUCUUAAGAAAAUUGUUCCAAUCACUUGAUGAUUUUGGCUAUCAUGUGCCUUUUUUAUCUCCUCAAGGUGGCAUGACCAAAUGUGAAGUUGCACAUUCAAUUUAUAUGAGGCAUUUAUGUAUAGACAGUUUAAUUUUAGCCCCUUUUCUUAUAAUAGCUAGCAUGGGAAUUUCUUUCUUCUGUGCUGCAGAGAGAGCUGAUGUUUUCAGUAAGCUAUUAAUUGUGGCCCAAAUAUCUCUCUCCUAAUUAGUCACUGCCAGUUCAGACUUUGUGAACUUGGCAUUUUUUUGCUCCAGUAUGCAUUAUGCUUAUUUUGCUUUAGCAUUUUUGCCAUUUUGUGGGUCCAUUCACCUAAUUUACAAAUAGCUUUUUGGAACUCUUUACAAGCUGCUUUUACCUUCCUGAAUAAUUGGAUGCCAUUUGCUAAUUGGCACUUUAUCUGUUUAGUUUUAACUUCAAAUCAUUUUAGACAGGGCAGGGGAACCUGCAGCAAUGAUGGAAGUUACAGUACUACAUCUUGAGUGCUGCACAUUCCCCAUCCCUGAUGGAUAAACACAAGGAAACAUGGGGUUAGAAAAAGGAUGCUGGACUGGAAAUUUCAGUAUUCAUGCUAUAUCCAUCUUAAAGAGGCCAACUUUGGGACUUCAGAACCUUAAUGGUGCUGUUUAAAUGUAUUAUUGGCCUGACAGAUUCUGGAAGGCAUGCAAUGAAUAUGAUAUUUUGGACCAGACAGGAGGCUUGCCUGGAAAUAAAAGGGUUUACUGCAGUCCUGUUAUGGUCACUUCACUUCUGGGUGAGAUUUAGAUUGAUACUGGCAGUUUUCCUCUGCAGGGAUGGUGGAUCCAUUAAGUUGGUCUGCUUUUGGAGACACAUGGAAUCCAAUAAAAUUCCUGAAUGCUUUUGAGGAAUUUCAAGCUGAUGUGACUAACACUCUUUUUUUAGUUUCUGCUGUCAUUUUGAAAUCGUUGCCUCUCAGGCACUGCAGAGGUGUUUGGUUCCUUGGUUUACCUUGAAACAAAUGGGGAGACAAGUUGGUCCAUAGAUGGUGUAAGUCUCUCAAGUAUGAGUCUGUUGACUCAGGAAUAGUGCAUCAAGAAGGUGGUGUCUCCUUGUGAGAGGUUGUGUGUCUAUGCCUUAAGAAGCUCACUUGAAAACCUGACGAUUUGUAAUGACUACAGGCAGUGGUCAAUUACAUUCCAUAAGCCUGCCGAAUUCCACCCCUUUUUGGGACCUUUUUUAGUCAUUUAUAUGUUUGACACUGUGCAUGCGUUCGUGGUUGUGAAAUUUCAGAUACGCCUAAACCGGUUACCUAUAUUGCCCAGCUGUAAAUAUCCUCUUUUCAGAAAGGUGGUGGCAGUUCAGCUCCAGCCACUUCUGGAUGAAAUGGAUUAUCUAGAUCUUGUUGAAUUCCAAUUCACAUCAGUCCCACUUGGCAUGCCAGUAGUCAGGAUGAUGGAAGUUGGAGUCCAAAAAUCUGGAGGGCACCAGGUUGGGGGGAAAGCAUUGGCAGCCCUGAUGGAUGACCUUCAUGGGAACGAAGCAGGGGAGUGUGACCCUGCUUUAGCUACGUAAUAUAUGUUUAGAUCCUCUUAGCAUGUUGUGCGGAUAAAGCUAAUUUAGUGGAUGGUACGAUGUGUGGAGGCACUCUCAUCCUGCUGACCCAGUGGUUAGGUACUGUGUGUUAAAUGAGUCUUUAAAAUGGGAAUGAGAAUACCACAAACAAAUUAGCCAUCUUUUUCUUGUUUAAGUUCCUUUCCUAAGUUUUAUAAUUUAAAUAACUUUUGGGAUUGUGUUCUAUUUUUAGGGGGCUGUGGUUUUUUGUUUCGCAUUUUUCUUACAUUUUUUGCCUAUUGGCUUUAAUUUAUAUUUGUAUGUUUGACUCAAUUUUAUUCAUACUUUUGCAUGCUUUCCUGCAAUCUUUUAUGAAGGGUGGUUAAGAAAUUUAGGUUGUCUGUACCUUUAAAACUUGGAAUCAUACAAAUUACUGUUUUAAUAGGAAUUUUAACAUUAUUUUACAGAGCAACUAUGUCAUCCUUUCAAGAAGUUCCAUCUUCAAACAGUGCCCUGCAGACUUCAAAUUUUGCACAUGUCAUCUUUCAGAAUGUAGCAAAAAGUUACCUUCCAAAUGUGCACCUUGAGUGCCAUUACACUCUGACUCCCUAUAUACGCCCUCACCAAAAAGAUUGGGUUGGUAUUUUCAAGGUAAGCAAGUUUGUAGCAUGUUUUAAUAUAUGGUAAGGUUUCACUUCUGUUAAUUAGAAGAUACACAUGAAAAUGGGAUAAAAUGGUUAGGAAUGUGUUUUGCUUUAGAAAUACAAAUGAGUUUAUGGCAACAUCAUCAUAGAUGAAUUUCUGCUGCUUUUGAGGCCAUAUCACCAUUUGUGCGGUGGGAAGGUACCAAUAAAUUACUUACACUUACACCUCCCGCUAAGGCGGAACCAUGUACCCUCUCCCUUACAAUUUAAUCUACAUAAUUUAAUCACAGAAUAUGAACCUGUCCACUUUGUAGAGAUUUUCUCUGCUCUUCAUCCCACCAUCUGAGUUGUGUUUGAUUGGGAUGCAGAGAAAGGCAUUCCCUUUGGCCAUACCUAGAGGCUCAUCUCUCUGAUUGCCUUCAGCUUUUGUGAAUUUUUCUUUCUUUCCAGUAGGUAUUUGAUUCUUUGGGUUAUUAUAUUUUAAUCUACCUAGUAUGUUGGUGGUUAUAUUUUACCUACUGCUUCUUUUGUUCUUUAAAUUAUUUUAAUGAUUUGAUUAUAUUUUUAAUAGAUGUUUUAAAAUAUCAGGUACAGUGGUGCCUCGCAAGACGAAAUUAAUCCGUUCCGCGAGAGUCUUCGUCUAGCGGUUUUUUCGUCUUGCGAAGCAAGCCCAUUGACGGAUUAGCGCUAUUAGCGCUAUUAGCGGUUUAGCGGCUAUUAAAGGCUUAAAGGCUUAGGGGAUUAGCUGCUAAAAGGCUAUUAAAGGCUAUUAAAGGCUUAGCAGAUUAGAUAAAGGGGGGGGAAAGCGGAAAAAAUCUCUAGACUCGCAAGAUAUUUUCGUCUUGCGAAGCAAGCCCAUAGGGGAAUUCGUCCUGCGAAGCAACUUCAAAACGGAAAACCCUUUCGUCUAGCGGUUUUUCCGUCUUGCGAGGCAUUCGUCUUGCGGGGCACCACUGUACUUUAUAAUGACUCAAUAAGGGUUAGUCAUUUUUGCUAUACAUAUUUAUGAAAACAAAUAUUUCCUACUAGCUGUACUCUUCAAUUUAAACAUUCUUCCCUUUUUUUGUUGUGAUUUUACUCUUUUCUAUACCUUUACUAAAAUAAUUUUCCUGUGCAUGUUUACUUGGAAGUGAGUCGUGCUGUGUUCAGUGAUCAUACUUGGAAAUAAAUCUAAUGAUCAUACACAUAUUAAGAGAAGCCGGUAUUGUAAAGAAGAUUUCAUGUUAACCUCUUUGAGUUAUAGAAUGCCUUACUGUACCUGUGAAUUGAUGAGGCAAGAAAAUGCAAACAGUGUUCUACAAGAUAUAAGAAAAAAAUGGAACCUGGAAAUUAUUACCUUGUGCAUAGCCUUUGUGGAGUACGCAGUUUGUGAAAAUCUUUCAGCCUGAUCUCUAGUCUCAUACCAGUGUUGGAGCAAAUGUCAGUGUUGCACAAGAAGUUGGUGGUUUGCAUGCUCUUAUCUGAGAUUCACAGAUAUGGAAAAAGGUUGCACAACGCCUGUUUGUUCCAUUAGGGUCAAGGGGUCAACAUGGAAGAAAGCUAGGUCAAGGAAUGUAUAUUUACAACUCCAAACUCCCUAUGAAGGCUUCAUAUUAACCUUGGCACACAGCAGAAUUUGAAUCUUAGACUGGGUUUGUUAAGCUUGCUUAUGCACUGGCUCAGAACAAUUAAUGCAGUCUGAGUUAGCAUCUUGGUUGUGCUAGUUCCUGCUGUUGUCAGUACUGUUAUAUAGGUUCCGAUGGCAGACAUGCAACUUUCUGCUGACUUCAUGGUGGGGGUUCAGCAAGUCUUGAAGAGGGGUGCUGUAUAAGAAGUUUCCAUAUACGUACCUAAAAACCAUGUAAAUUAAUUCUCGAGGAUUAUUGAUUGGUUGUACAGUAACUGCACACAUAGUUCUUCCCUCCCUUUCAUGUUUAAGCAUUCAAACUGUGGCAUUGUAAGUAUAAGAAUUACUUGCAAGUAAGUUCCAGUUAAAGACCCAAACUUGCUGCUUGGCAAAGCCAAGACAUGCUGAAGACUAUCGUCAUGAGAAGACCUACUUGCUAGGAAUGAUUGUGGUCUGCCAUUCUUUAUUUGAGAGCUAGCGUACUGUAGUGGCUUGUUUCAGGCUCUGAUUGGAGAGCCUCAGGUUCAUAUCUCCAUUAAGCCAUAAAGUUUCCUAGGUGAGUUUGGGCCAGUUGCCCCCACCCCAGCUUACUGGGGUGUGGUGAAUAUAAAAUCGGGAGGGUACCUUGCUACUUGAGCUACUUGGAGGAAGUGAAGGAUAGAAAAGUAGCAAUGUCAGACUGGAACAUCUCAUGUCCCCUCCUUGCUGGUAGAUCCACUUGUAGGCAGAUCUGUGUUGGUCUUCAGAUAGCAGACUCUUAGGAAUCCAAACUAUUCACAAGGGAGUAUCUUUCAAAUGAAGCACUCAUUUACUAGCAACGAAACCUGAAAAUGGCCCUGUUGCCAGCCAGUUUUAAAGUUAACAGUGUGGUGGCUGUCUGACUAGUGUUAACUCUUAGACUAAUGUAAGUAGGAUAAAUUUCCACUUUUUAACUUUUGUUUCUGGGCUUACUGCAAUUAGUUUAUAUCCUGGUGCAGGUGGCAGAAGUAUUUUUUUUACCAACUUCCUGAUCAAACAUCCUUUUAUAACAAAGGGAAACGGUGGGGUUGGGCGAAAAAACAAACUGAAUGCACGGGUAGCAUACAAUUGGAGUGAAACCUAUGAUGAAAUUAUUCUAGAGGUAAUAGUUUUGAUGUUUAUCCUCACUGUAGAACAAGCACAAAAAUUUGGGGGAGGGGGUAAGAUUAGGUAUUAAAAUAGCUGUUGCCAAAGUGUAUCUGUAGCCUGUGUAAGUGAAGGGAAAGCUUUGAAGCUAGUGCAGAAACUCUAGUCCUACUUUAUUAAGAGUCUCAAAGCUGUGAACACACAUUAUGGAGGGUUCAGUGUGUCUCAUGGCCCCCCCUUUUUGUGCCUAAGACCAUAUUGGAGCAUUAUCAGUGGCUAAAUUAUUGAGAAACUGCAUUGUUGAGACAAUUAUACAGUGUUGAGACAAAUCUACAUUAAGCAUAUAAAUAUACACAGCAGUGGUUAAUUGGAUUUUUAAAUGAAUACUUUUCUUGGAUGAUCUGAAAGUUAAUUUUUACAAAGAAUUGCGCAUAAUUAUAUUGUGAUAAGGCUGCAUUUUACUUUAGGUUGGUUGGAGUACUGCACGAGAUUAUUACACAUUUCUUUGGUCACCUAUGCCUGACAACUAUGUGGAAGGAUCAACAGUUAACUCUGUGCUGUCUUUUCAAGGUAAAUUUUAAAUUGGCUGCUAUGUCUGCUUAGGUUUUUUUCUGUUGCUUAUUUAGAAAAACAUCCAUAUAUUUUGUUAUAAGUUAUACCAUUUCUAUUGACUUAUCAUUUAUUUAGUACAGCUUUGAUUCAAACCUUUGGGCACAUAAACAUUAUAGUUAGAUGUUCUGGGUAAGUGGAUCUAUUCUAUUCCUUGUGUUUAAUUGGAGUACCCUUCAGUGUUCUUCACCAUUUAACCAUGUGGUAAAGAUGACAACCUCUUAUCAAUCUGGGAUAGAGCUCAACAAGUGAUAGGAUCUAUACUUCCUGGCUUCUCUGAGAAAUCUGUUGGAGUUCCUUUGGUGCCUGCUCUUAAUGUAUAAUGGGCACGCAAUGUAUGAUACAGAAUGUAUAACCUGCUGUAUCCCCAGGUCCUAUAGUCAGGCAAAUAUGGAGUAUCACCUACAGAGACUCUACUCAACUGUUUCAUUUUCCAGGACCUUGCAUGAGUCACCUUGGUCAUUCCAUCUACUGGGUCUUCUAUCUUCUUCCCCAAAAGGCAUUACUAUCAAAAGGGGGGUUGCCUUUCUUUUAUUGGGGUGCUAGCAGCUGAAGAGGUUGGGAGCUGCAGGCAAAGGUUCUGGAUCCAGUAUAGCCUGUAUUGUAGUGUAUCUUUAUUCAGUUCCCAAAGGAUGCAUGAGCACUUUCCCUUUUGGAUAUAGGUGGGGUGGGUGAGUGACUAGUUCUCUUUUUCCAUCUCUUGUACUGUAGAUGGAAGAGUCUUAACAUCAUGUGAGCCAUACUCCUGAGCUUGGAGUCAAGUGGAAGGCACUGCCCCCUUCCCUCUAAAUCAGCUGAGUGUUCCACCCACAAGAGGAGUGUGAAGCCAUAAAACAUGGAGGGGCACAUCCUGUCUUGACUUACAGCUGACCAGCACCACCCAAACAAUCACUUAGUGUUACUAAUUCCCAACUGGUCUGGCUAAAUGAGUCUAUAUGUAGGCAGCUUUGCAGCUCUAUCUCCUCAGGUGAUCAUGCAUGUGAAAGAUGCUGACCCAAGAGGACAUUAGACCUCCAUGACCAAGGAAAGUGAGGCAAGUGGCAGCUACCUGCUGUCCUAAGGCCUAUCACUGCUCUCCUGUUGGUGUAUUUUAGUCUCUCUUAUAGUGUCUUAAAAAAAGCAAGACUUUCCCCUUCAAAGGAACAAAAGCAACUUGAAAUUCAGGGUGGGAACUUCCUCAUCCUGUAUACAGUUUGUUUGUCUGGCUCUGAAGGACAGGAGUCUGUCCCUGUGCUAAGUGCCUAAGUGGUCUUUAAAUUCUGUUUUUUCAUUAGGCUACUACCUUCCGAAUGAUGAUGGUGAAUUUUACCAGUUCUGCUAUGUAACACAUAAGGGUGAGAUCCGUGGAGCAAGCACUCCAUUUCAAUUUCGAACAUCAUCUCCUGUUGAAGAAUUGUUGACGAUGGAAGAUGAAGGGAAUUCAGACAUGUUGGUGGUGACCACGAAGGCUGGACUUCUUGAGGUUUGAAUUAGCAAAUUGUGAUACUUGAUUAUUUAGCUGUACAGCGUAGAACUGAACUUCCGUCAAGUUAGAAUUAAAGGGUUGUAUCCAUAUUCGGGAUAGACCCAUUAAGAUGAAUGGACAUGAAUCAUGUAGGUCCAUUCAUUUCACUGGGUAUACUCCAAGUAUAACUUAGGAGUGCAGGAUGGCAUUUUGUAAAAAUGAAUACUUUGACAGUAGCUACCUUAACAUGCACAGGUGUUUCUCAGCUGGGAGCAAAUGCUUGUGGAGAUGCUAGAAAAUCUUAGAUUAACGGAUAUUUUCUACAUUGUCUGCAGCUCUGUAUAAGCUCACUUGUAUCUGCACACACACUUACCUAUGAACUUCUCCACUUUAAGUCCGUAGCCUAAAAAGCACUUCAGAGCUCAAAAAUAGGUUGCAAAGCUUCUGUGAGGAAGGAAGGUAUUGUGAUGUGACAGGGUCAUUAGGAAUAAUUAGCAGAGGGGAGAAAGGGUUGAGAGACUUCACUAUUAUUCAUGCCAGUUUGUGGCAUGGUGUAAGGAUGGGGAUGCUCUCUGUUGCAGACCUUUGUGCUCAAACUUGUGGAUGAUUCUCAACAGAAUAGAGACGGCAUAUUAGGAUAGGUGGAGCUUGGCAGAGUGUGCCAGUAUCCUCCAGCAUGAUUGCUUACAUGGGAAUGUGGUUGAGAUUCCUGCAUUGCAGGGGGUUGGACUAGACCCUUGGGGGUACCUUCCAGCUUUAUGAUUCUGUGGUGAAGUCCUCAAGAGGGCUUAAGUUCCUAAAGGAUCCCAUGAUUCUCGUUUCUAGAGUUCUGGUGGUUACUUAUAGUUGAGAGAUACAAAUAAACUUUUACAAAUCACGGAAGUUAGAUACUUCUUGUAACUAUAAAUAGUAAAUGGCGUUUCCGUGCGCUCUGGUUUCUGUCACGGUGUUCCAUUGCGUCAGAAGCAGUUUAGUCAUGCUGGCCACGUGACCUGGAAAGCUGUUUGUGGACAAACGCCGGCUCCCUUGGCCUGAAGUAAAAUGAGCGCCGCACUCCAUGGUCGCCUUUGACUGGACUUAACCAUCCAGGGAUCUUUUACCUUUUGCCUUUUAUUUUUUAUUUUUUAAAAAAAGUAAUAAUAGUUAUCUGUGCUGACUAUUAACCUGACAUAAAAAUUCAGCCUUAAUUUAUGAUUAAUGUGUGAUAAGGUGGGUGGUCAGAUAUUAAAGUAAUUAUGGGAACUGUUCUUUUGGUUUUGUGUACUUCAUUUAUGCAGCUUGAAAGAAAUUAUACAGUACUUACAAAUUUGUAAUGUUAUGGUAAUAUUGAGGCAAGAACUACCAUGUAAAAUGGGAUUAUGUCGUUUUAGUUCCAGAUUGAAAAAACUAUGAAAGAAAAAGAAGAACUAUUAAAGGUGACUGCUUCACUUGAAAAGGAAACCCUGCAGCUUAGAGAUCAAGUUGAAAGACUGGAAAAAGAACUGAACCGUGAAAAGGAAAGAUGUGAUCAGCUUGAAGCACAGCAAAAGGUAACUCCUAAAGUUCAAAAAAGCUUAAAAGAAUUGUACGUUUUCAAAGGCAGAUUAAAACUUUAAAAAACUUUUAAAAUACGCCAGAGUUCAGGAUAGAGGAUGCACAACAUCAUUUGAAAGUUUUUAGCGAUGGAUAUACUUUCCAGAAUGUAUGUAGGUGUAACAUAAAUAUCUACUCUUCUGAUAGCUUUUAAUACAGUGGUGCCUCGCAAGACGAAAUUAAUCCGUUCCGCGAGUCUCUUCGUCUUGCGUUUUUUUCGGCUUGCGAAGCACGGCUAUUAGCGGCUUAGCGGCUAUUAACGGCUUAGCGGCUUUAAGAAAAAGGAAACAAACUCGCAAGACGUUUCGUCUUGCGAAGCAAGCCCAUAGGGAAAUUCGUCUUGCGGAACGACUCAAAAAACGGAAAACUCUUUCGUCUAGCGAGUUUUUCGUCUUGCGGGGCACCACUGUAUUGCUGUGUCUUGAUAACUUGGUAGAACUUUUCAAAAAGUUUUGAUUCAGGCUGUUUUCACCCAGGGCUAACUCAAUGGAAGACAGAAACACACUUUUAAAAAUUUUAAUAUCUAGCUUAAUUUGUAUGAGGGAGCAGUUUUCAAAAUGUUUCCAUUGUCUUGCACAGCACAAGCUUGUUUAAUAUAACAAACAAAUGAUAUGUUGUAUUAAGCCAGGUAAUGCCCACACUGCAGUGCAGCCUUGUACAGUCAUUUGUCUCCCUCUCGUGACAAACUAAUGCUAGGAUCCUGGGUUAGACUUAAAUAUUAUGUUAGUUUCUACUCUUAGCUCCCUUAUGUAUAAUUUUGGUAUAUAGUAAAUCAGUUAACAUGUCUCUGUUGAUCCUGUAAGCAUUUGAAAAAUGUUUCCAUAUGUAUAGACUAAAUAAAGAGUACUGACAGAUUCAUUGGUUUCAUAAUUUUUCUCUUUCUGCAAGUUAAUAAAAAUCAUGGUUUUAUGGCUUUCUUCUCUUUUUCUUUGCUGUUCUAGUCUUCUAUUAAUAAUCUUAAAAGGGCGUGAAAAUAAAUGUAUAUUUAUUUUGUAAAACUCUUUUAAAGUUACUCAAAUAUGGAAGAUACAUUUCAGUGCCUGUUGAUUUGCAGUUCCUUUGAUUACAAAAUGAUAGGGAUAAUUUUGUUCCUUUGGUAGUUGCAGAAGCUCAGUUUAGACUUAACUUAAACACUAUAUAGUGCUGCUCACCUAGCAGUUCGAAAGCACGUCAAAGUGCAAGUAGAUAAAUAGGUACCGCUCCGGCGGGAAGGUAAAUGGUGUUUCCGUGCGCUGCUCUGGUUCGCCAGAAGCGGCUUAGUCAUGCUGGCCACAUGACCUGGAAGCUGUACGCCGGCUCCCUCAGCCAAUAAAGCGAGAUGAGCACCGCAACCCCAGAGUCAGUCACGACUGGACCUAAUGGUCAGGGGUCCCUUUACCUUUAUAUAGUGUUGUACCCAACGAAAUCACUUAGCUGACAGUAAUGCAUCCAUCGGCCGCAUGGAGUGGGAAGCAAUGUUAGUCUCACCCCCACUCCACCAACACACACACACACACACACACACACACACGCUCACACUUUUCUUAAUUUCCCCCCAAAGGGUUGAGGGGAUCCUCUAGGACAGAUUUGGGAGUGGGAGGCUCAGAGGCUGCAUGGGUGGUAUCCAGUCAUGGUAGUCAUUCUCCUGACAGGAAGCUCAUUCAUAGUGUGGUGCAACAACUACAUCCACUUGUUUCUCUAUACUUUCAAAAUGUGUUUUUCAACCUCUAGGGCAGCAGCUGUUUUUGUUAGAUUUUGAAGAGUUAAGCUUCUGCAUUGCAUUGCAGAAUUGUUUGGCAAAAACAUCAGUACUCAACUUGUGCUAAUGUUUCAUUGGAUCCUGCCCUUUGAACUGCAGGAAUAUAAUCAUGGUGGAGGUUCUGUGUGGUUUCUUAGUACAAAUUGCUCAGAUCUCAUGAACCCUCCUUAGAUGUUAAACUCUUUCUGAUGUGCUCGCUGAUAGCAAUAUUAUUUUCCUUUAGAAUUGUAUACCCAAAAUGUUCUUUGACAAAUGCCCUUUUGCUUUUGCAAGGAUAAUUCGAAAACUGCAGAAACUCUUAAAACUGAAAAUGAAGAACUCAAGAAAAAGCAGAAUGAGGCUACUUCCAAAGUUCUACAGCUUGAAGAAGACAUCAUGACUGUUACUCAGAAAGCUAUUGCAAAAGAAACUGAGUUAGACAGGUAUCCAUCUAAUUUAAUCCUGAUAUUUAAUCCUGAUAUUUAAAGAGAACCAAAUACAUAAGGAUGUUUUACUUUGUUCAUAGCCUGAAAGAUAAACUCAAGAAAGUAGCCAUUGAAAAGGAACAACUUGAAUGCCAGUUGAAGACUGAGAAGGAUGAAAAGGAACUCUACAAGGUAACUUUUCUGCUUGUCUGAUAGCUGAGAACUACAAUUCAUGCAUUUUUAAGUAGAAAGAUACAGUAAAAUAAAGGUCACGCAGAUAUAUGUAUAUAGAGAGAAUUUAGUUUUCAUAGACCAGCAACACAGUCAGCCUGACAAAGAUUUUAUUAUUAUUUAUUAAAUUUGUAUACUGCCUUCAUUCAAAGAUCACAGGGCAGUUACAGCAUAGCAUUACUGGGAUGUCUGUGUUGCUGUUUCCCAGGUUCAUACUUACUUCAUAAUAAGUCUUCCGUAAAAGCAAAAUAGAACAUUCACUUAAAGGUUAAUAAAAGACAAACGAGUUUAUAGCUACAAAAGAGAAGUUCAGCUACAAAAGAGAAGUUCAGCUACAAAAGAGUUCAGCUCUUUUGUAUGGAUGCCUGGUCAAAUCUGUGUUGAACAUGCUAUUCACAAUCUGAAAAAUGCAUCAGUUUCUAGCUACCUACUCCAUAUAGACUUAUAGACUUUACAGAGCUGUUCACUCAUGGAAGGAACAUCACUUCUGAUGAAACAUGUUUUCACAAAAGACAUGAGUAUCAGCUUUAUAAAUAUAUUUGAAAAAUGUCUGUUCAGAACUAUUUUAUUUUAUAUACCAUUUCAGACAUAACUUUUAAAAAGACCUUAAAACAGUUGACCAAGCCAAUGAAAAAAUGGGAAUUCAUCAUCAUGAUAGCAACUAUAUUAAAAUAUUUCCCCAUCUGUCUCUUUUGGGGGGGCUGUUUGGAUUAAACAUUAUUGGUAAGGAUGUAAGGUGGUUCUAGCAUUACAUAUGGUUUGUAACUAUAAUUAGAUACACUUGAAGAACACAGAAAUUGAGAACACCAAACUUGCAUCAGAAGUUCACACUCUAAAGAAUUUGGAUGGAAACAAAGAAAACCUUAUAGCCUAUUACAAAGAGGAAGUUGGCAGAUUACAACUGUGCAUGGCUGAAAAAGAAAAGCUGAAGAGAGCUUUCUUGCUUACUUCAUCAAACAAGGUAAUGGGGGUACUUUGGUAACAUAUUAAUGUUUAUGAUUUAAUUCUGCUUUUCAUUCUGUGCAGUGCAUAUCUCAGUUAUCUCAGAUUAUCUGCAGAGUAGUCAUUGGGUAAAUGGAUUCAUUCUCUAAAAGAGGGGUUGAUUUUCCGUUUGAAUUGUUGUUGUGGCUUCCCAUAAGACUUGUAUCUGUGUUCAUGUUUCAGAAUUAAAGGCAAUUGUCCAUUUGUGGCAUGUUUUCCCUUUAGAUAUUGCACACCUCUGUCUUGUCAAAUAGCUUAUGUUAUGCUGAUAAUUAGAAGUAUUCCUUUCAUAUGCUUUUGUUUACCAACAUCUUCGUUAUAGUAUUUCCAAAAUACCACUCUUUUGCAGGAAAUAGAAUCAUGAUAUUAAUAUGACCAGCAGGCUAGAUAUGAGUAUCAAGGUUUGUAUUGUUCAGGAAUUGAGAAAAAAGGAAGCCAAGUGAAAUUAUUAGGAAGCUUUAAUCAAUGUUAUGUAAAGAACUGAUGAUAAAUAUGGGUCAGUAACCCUGUCCAUACUGCUUAGUGUGACGUUGUACUGAUGGCGCUUCCCCUAAAAGUAGUGCAGAGCUAUGUUUUGUGUGUCUUCCAUUUGAAGAUAAGUGAGACACAAAUCUUGAGUCGCAUUUAAAAAUAAGUUUUCUACUUUUUAUUCUAGGAAGAGGCAAGUAUUUUGAAGGAACAGCUUCGGAAAGCUGAGGAUCAGAUUCAAGCUAGUAGGCAGGAAGCUCUGCUGAUGUCAAAAGAGCUCAGUGAUGCUGUAAAUGUGCGCGAUAAAACUAUGGCGGAUCUUCAUAAUGCGCGACUAGAAAAUGAAAAGGUGAAGAAGCAACUUGCUGAGGCUGUAGGUGAACUUAAGAAAAUGGCACUGGUGAAAAAUGAACAGGUAAGAGAUCGGUUGCACUGUUAAGUUUAAUAAUAAUUUUUCUGUGACAAAUAAUACAAAACAAAAUUAUUUGGAUAAUUACCAAUUAUCAUUCACUUUCAGUGAGGAUUAGUACAGUGGUACCUUGGGUUAUGAACUUAAUUCGUUCUGGAGGUCCGUUCUUAACCCGAAACCGUUCUUAACCUGAGGUGUCCUUUCGCUAAUGGGGUCUCCCGCUGCCCCGGCGCAUGAUUUCCGUUCUCAUCCUGGGGCAAAGUUUGCAACCUGAAGUACUUCUUCCGGGUUAGCGGAGUUUGUAACCUGAAGUGUUUGUAACCUGAGGUACCACUGUACUGUACUAGUCUAGAACACAGUAAUUGCAUUGCAGUGAAGAGAUCCAGUGAAAUGUUAGCACAAGGAGUUGAUCUUGUGUGAACGUCAGCAAGCAAGCUUAACUGUUACAAAAUAUGAUAGCAAGUUGUCUAGGCAGUUGAAAUAUAUCUUUCACAUGACACCUAUUGGAUUUGCCUGCUGUGCAAACAGACUCGUGCAGGCAGAAUGGAGGGGAGAAGCAAGGGGGGGGGAGCGAAGCUUGAAGAAGGGUUGGAACUGGAUCCUGCCAGAGGCCAGGAUGCCAUCCAGGGAGAUUUAAAUGAGGCCGACGAGGCUGAUGGAGAGAAAGGGGGCUUUUCUUUCCGAUUUUCCCUCUCUCGCGUGUGUUCCUGUGCUUUGCAAUCACAACACCUUCUCCCGCCUGCUGAACAAUUGAGUUGAUUCCGGCUGCUCUGUUGGCAUCCCCGUUUCCUGGGGACAUUGAAUGAAAUCCAGGGACAUUCUGGGGAAGGAAUUUGACCGGGGACCCAUUUGCAAAUCUGGGGACUGUUCCUGGAAACCAGGGAUGUCUGGUAACCCUAGCUUAGAGUGUUUAUUGCAAUUUCUAUUCAGAUUCUCCAAUCUAGGAAUGGCUAACAUAGAGGCCAAAUGUUGAAUGAGGCCCCCAAUAUCUUUUGCGUAGCCUGCAGCUUUCAUGGUCAAAUAAACAAUUUUAAUAUAAGCCUCCCACGUAGGCAUGGGAGCAGAACAUGCCCCCACCUUGGUAUAGGUGUAUGCAUUGCCUUUGACAUUUAUUUUUUUAAUUUGGAGAGUUUGAAAAAUUGCUGCUUAUACUUGGCUCACCCUCCACUGGCCAUUCUGGUAGGUGAGCAAGCACGGUCUUAAUCUCCAGUCUUGGUGUUAAGCAACACAGUGCUAAGAUAAGAGAUAACAGGUCUGUGUACAUGGCGUGAUACAGUGUCAGGUCAUGAGCCAAAUUCAUUGAUUUGGCAGGGUUAAUUUGACCUGUACGCCAGUAGUUCUCCAGAAAGUAGCCAGAGCAUGGCAUUUGAAUAGUAUCCUAAUGGUUAAUGUUUAUAGGCAGCCUUUUGAACCAACUGAGUUGAUUAGUCUUAAUACAGGAUGCAUCUCAGUUGCAGUUUUCAUCUAUUAUGUGCUAUGGAAGAGAGCCUAUUGACUGCUGGGGCAUUUUUUUGUUAAAGGAUUGGCUUUGUCUGGUAAACGUUCCCAGAAUGACUCCUGUUAUAGCAUAAUUGAAACUGAGUGGGUGUGUGCCCAGUUAAUGCCUGGCUGGGAAACAGUUAAAGGCUUCAUACAACUUGCACUAAACUUUCCAGAAAAAAAGCAAGGCAUAUAAGAAAAGUAGUUACUCUUAUCUCAUUUCAACAAGAAAAAUUGACAAUUUGACGUCAGCAGAAGUAAUUUCUUAUUUAUCACUUUUAAAAACCUAUAGUACUAAGAAAAAGCAGAAUUAUUUUGAAGAAUAAACACACUUUUAUUGAUGAUCAUUCUGUUGUUAAAGGAAACUUCCAGCACUGUAGAGAAGGAACUACGCAGAGAAGUUGAAGACUUAAAGCUCCGCCUGCAGAUGGCUGCUGAUCAUUACAAGGAAAAAUUCAAAGAAUGCCAGAAACUGCAAAAACAAGUCAAUAAGCUUAUUGACCAAACAGUGAGUAGCAUUUGUGAAUAUGUAAUAUUUACACACUCAGUCUUUUUAAAAUCAGUUGACUGCUGUGGGAGAAAUAGAAUAUUUUUACAGGAAAAUAUGUAACUUUUUUUUAUUAUCCCCAAUGGCUAUUCUCUGCAUAGGAGGGAAUGCUCCUUUUAAAGAUGCUUGCUAUGACUCAUGCAUGGAUUAUCUCAAAAAGGUGUCUUUAGCCAGAUAGCAGCUUUAAUAUGUAGAUUAAAAUACCUGUUGAAUUAGGAGAAAUGGAAAAAUGAUGAAUAAGAAGAGGCUGAAAUCAUGAAGUGGGAUGAUGGAUUCUCUUGAAAUAGAUUAUGUCUAAAUAGCUAGUACCAAUUGAGGAAUUGUAUAUAUCAGUUCUUCUACCCGCAAAGGUAACAUGUUCACAUUUCUCCCCCACCUCGGCAUGCUUUACUAGUUCCUUAGAAGUUGGUUCCUAAACGGCUCUGCUGUGUAUUGGAGUGUAAUGUGCAUUCUCUUAGGCCUUCUGAAUGUAAGGUGUUCUUGAUAGGAGCAAAGCUUCGUGGAGUGUAUUUGUAACGCCGCCCCCCUCCCCUCCAAAAACGAAACAACUUUUAUAGAGAGAUAAACAGCUAUGUUUCAAAAGAACUGUGGAGAAAAUACUAAAUCACACAGAAGCAUUUUCAUUGCUUUGAUUCUUUAUCUAGGCCCGCAAAAUAGGAGCCAAUAUGAUUGGAUAACAAAUGAGGAAACCAGCUGACAGCUUUUAUUUAAAGAAGCUGCAAUGCAUGUGAAAGGGCCAGUGAAAUCUGCAGGGUUGUGAAAUGUUGACUAAUAAUUUUAUCUGCAGGACGAGAAAUUGAAAUGCAGUGUCUAUGCUGAUGAACUGGCUAAGUUGGAGCUGAAAUGGAAGGAGCAAGUGAAAAUUAGUGAGAGUGUGAAGCAACAGCUGGCUGCAGUAGAAGACCAGUAUCUAGUAAGUCUGACUCUUCCUUUAACAGUGGUACCUAAACAUUUAAAGACAUACAAUAAUAAACAGAGAUUAGCUGCUGAUCAUAAAGUUCUUACAUGCAUUGUACAGAGCCGUUAAUUAAAAAUAAUUAAUUCACUUUAUGGAGAGCUUUGUUGACUCGGAUUUUUGUUGCGCGUUAUUUCUCUUGGAAAUUUUCUUGGCUGAAUAUGCUAGCUUUUUCUUACCUGUACAGUAUUGUUCUCUGAAAUAGAGGUUGAUUGUAUAUAGUAGCAUAUGUGAUUGUACUGUUAGCAGCUACCCUUUUCAGCAUUAUACUAUGAAGCCUGAAAAUUCUACUCGCAAAUCAACAUGGUUCUUUCUAAUGGUAGAAAAAUUGACCCGGAGAAUGAAAUUUAUAGUUCUUACAUGGUGCACAAGUUGGGUUAGUUUCUACUUUUGGUGAUUACUAGUACUUAGGCAUAUGCAAGGUGCCUUUAUUGCCAAGAACUGAAUCUUGCCCCCACACCUAAGGGUAAAGAGUCAGAUGGCACCUCCAUUUUGAAGAAGGGGGAGGAAAUGAAGAAUCACUGCCUAAACUGAGGCACUUCCCCAAAUCUGUCUGAUGGAGUUGAACACUAAAGUACUCUUAAGAUGGGGGUUCCACCCCUCUUCACCAGAACUGAGCCAGCAAGUGAAAGGAGGUUCAAUCUACUCACCUAUUCCUCAUCCUCAGAAAUGUAUUAACAGCAUUACUGCUCUGCUCUCUUAACCCAUAUUCCUCCUCUCCAGAGACAGAGAGGCAAUAUCCAGCAAUAUCUCACUGUUACUCCCUGUCUUCUACACCUCCCACUUCUGAAAUAAAGGGAUGAAGAGAUAGGUUUGUCAGAUCCUGCCUCCCAUGCAAGAACUGCAAGCUUCUUAUUGUUCAAAGGGCUGCUGUGUAAUUUUGUGUGUGAUGGUUGAAAACAGCAGGAGAGGGAUUGUGAGAAUCUAGCUCACUUAAAGUAAUAGGAAGAGAGAGCUCCUUCCCACUCUCCAGUCCCCUAAAAGGUGCUACGUUUUCACCUUAAGGGCCUGACAAGAUUUUAGAAACUGAUAGGUGACAGCAGAAUUAUCCAAAAAAGUAGGGAAGUGCAUGAAAACCCAGUUGAACAAACUGAUUUAGUAGAUGGAGGAAUUGAUACCACAAUCUGUUGGCCAAAUGAAGGACUUGAGUCUGCACUGCUGCUGAUCAAAACUUUAUUGACAACUGUAAUGGUGAUGUAAAUGAUUAUUUGUGUGUAAUUUAUGCUGUUACGGAACAUCGGACUGCAAUUUUUUAUCAGAAGAAAAUUUCAUUAUAAGUAUAGGUGAGGAACUGCUGUUCAUUGCCUAACAUGGUUUUUUGAACUUCUGUAUUAAAUAGGUGCAGUUGGCUGAAAAGGACAGACAGAUAAAUGAGCUGACAUCCCAUUUGGGAAUCCUCAGCAGAGAAAAGGUACUGAUUACAUGUUAUAAGUUGGUGAGGUGCUUCCAUUGGAGAUUGUUUGGAGCUGUUGCUGUGCAAAUGAAGCUGCUUCAAGAGUGGGAAGGCUGCCUAUGGAAACCAGGAAUUGUUAGCAAAAACAUGCUGUGGGAAAUGUUCAAUUAGAGUUUAUAGAAGUGUUUAUGUACCAUUCUUUCACAAAAUAUUAGGGAAGGUAUAGCAACAUGAAAACAAAAAACAACUGCAUAGAGCAAUCAGCAUGAAUUUUUCAAGAGAUGUCUGAAGGUCAAAAACAAGUAUGCCUUCUGAAUCUCUGCUGGAAGUGUGUUCCACAGCAUAAGACCCAGCAGCACUAAAUGCCUGACCUCUGGUUUAAGCCAGUUGGGCCUCUGUAACAUUAACAGUGCUGCUUUAGAUGAUCACAGUGAUUGAACAUGAACAUAGGGCUCAGGCACUCCUUAAGGAACCAUGUUGUUCAGGUCUUUGUACAUUAGCAAAGGUUUGAGGUGAAAAUAUGGUCAUUUCACUUUUAAAUGUUGACCAUCUGAAGACACUUUGCUGUGCAAACUGUGAGAAGGCAGGGCAGUCGUUAGCAGAAUUUGCGUGCCAUACCCAGUAUAGGGCUGGACUGAAAUGUCCCACCCCUGUUCACCAGACCUUUCGUAGAUGACAAAUUGAGGUGGUGGGGGAGAAGAGGUUAGCAAUUUUCACGGGUGGAUAAAACUUGCUGUGGUGUUAUUAGAGCUUUUUAAAAAGCUUUGCAAAAAUGCUGCUUGUAGCAUCACCAUGUCCAUUCUUUUUGAAAACAAAAAACAGGAACUUUGCAAAAUGCCUGUCUUAUCCCAGAAUGCUAUGGCUCUCUGCAGAAUGAUGGCGUGCCAGUGGCAGCCUUCCACAGAGAGGGCUGAUAACAUUUUGCUGCUACCACUCAUGACAUUUUGCAUAGGUGUUUCUCUUUAAGGAAAAGGUCUGCCCUGCUACAAAAAAAGAAGAGGGAGAGGGGAAAGACUUGCCAUUAAUUACCAUGGCCAGCCCUUAAGUGCUCCUUUUUGCCCAUCUCAAAUGUACCCCUUGAAAAUUGCAGCUCUUCUUUGGUGGGUGGGUAUAAGAUCGAGAGAGUAGCUUCAGUGCAGGUUUUUCCCAGCCAAUAGUUUUUAGAAAAGGCCAUAGUUUGUCAGAAUUAGUAAUUGGUUGUAAACUACAUUAUGUGAAACAAGGAAGAAAUGAAUUCAGAUACAGUUGAAAGAAAGUUAAGAAUGCAUAAAGCAUUGAAAUAGCUGAGAUGAGAAUAGUUCUCUGGACUGUUUUCUAUACUGUCACGUGAGAAACCAAAUGUGCUGCCUAAAGAUAUUCUACAUUUUUAUAAGGGUUUCAGAGGCUGAUCACAAUCCACUAAUAAUUCCUGCCUCCUUAUACUAUCUAGUAUACUAUCUAGUAUAAGGAGCAGAAAAUCUAGACAGCCCCAGUGCAUAUACAUAGGUAGAAAUGUUUGGUUUUUUAGAUGGUGUUCUUCUGAUCCUAGAUGGAUUUAUCUGUUGCCCAAGUUUGAGCAGUUCUUUAUGCACUGUGUUUAGUGUUUAACAAGUGGUGACAGUUCCAUAUUAAUUUCAACAUUAAUAAAGAUUAAAAAUAAAAUGUAGCUCAAAUUAAUUCUAAAAGGAACUAAGGAGUAAUCAUACCCAUAUGUUGACUAGAUUUAGGGAUUACAGAAAAAUCAAAGGCUAAGUAUUAUGUAUAAAUGGGGACUAAGUAAUUUUAUAGGUUUGAGGAUAGCAGAAAUAAAUGUGUUUAGCAUUUCCUCUUGGGUAAAGUUUGUAAACAAAUGUAUAAUGGAAUAUAAAUUGGGAAGCCAUAGAAUGCACUCUGUUUAACCUUUUAACAAUCUAGUCUUUUCUGGAAAUGCAUAGAUACUUGAACAAAAGCCUUUAAGUACAAUCACCAUUGUUGGAACUGUGUGUUUAAGAUGAUUCUCUUCUGCUUAGCUUUAUCAAAACACCAUUUUUAUUUAGGUUUGUUAAAACUUAAAAGAAUUGUUGUACUGCAUACUUCCAUAAAGAUGAUAUCUUUGUAAUGUUCAAAUACCCUUUUGUUAUGAUAAACAAUAACACACAGCUAGGAACUAUCAACUUUAAAAUCUGUGGAUCUAAGAAAUGUGCGGGCAGCCCUUGUUUGAUUUCUUAAAAUUUUCCAGUCACUUUAAUCUUAUAUGGAACUUCUUAAGUUUUGACUUGGGAAAUAAAGCAGCUGUGCUUUAUGUAUGUUACUCCUUAUUUUUCUUGUUUGUUACAUUCAGCUAGGUUUCAAGGUAUUAACUUAAAACAAAAUAAUUUGGCUCUGGGGAGGCUCCCAAAUAGUAGCUAUCUGAUUUGUGGUCGAGUUGUUUUAGUCACUAGAACAUAUAACAAGGAGAUGGAGUUCUGUAAUGCUUUAAGUGUUGGCAACUUUCCAGAGCAAAACAAAGCAAAUUGAGCUUACAGGCCUUCUAGUGGAAUUGAAGAUGUUCAGUCACCAGGAUAUCACAAAACCAGAUAAACAUUCAUGUGGCAUUGGGUCUUUUAUGAUUAUUUGGUGCCUACUUAGAACCAGUAAAUCUUUUAGAUAAGGACGGCUUUCUAAACAAAUGAAAAGGACAGAAAACAUUGUCUGUGCAGGAUCCUGUUUGCCGUUUCCAUUCAUAAAAUAGUUGUUUCACUUUUGAGAAGAUGUUGAUAAAGAAAGCAGACAUUGCAGCUUGCUUUUCACCCACAGGAAUGUUUUCCUUUAGUUGAAAAAAGAUCAGGAGAGCUUCUCCAUGGUCCAGUGUUUCAUCCCAAUAUGUGUAGGAAGUGUAAGCUCUGGCCCUAGCUGCCUAGUUCAGUAGCUAAUAUAAAUACAGCUAUAGAACCAGUAACCAAGCCCAUAAUGUCUGUCAUUGAUGGGCCUCUCUCUUCUCAUGUGCCCAGGAAUGUUGCAUGGAAGGGAUGAAGGGCAUAUAUAUUCAAGCUGUACACCAGGCAUAGCCAAACUCGGCCCUCCAGAUGUUUUAGGACUACAACUCCCCAUGAUCCCUAGUUAACAGGACCAGUGGUCAGGGAUGAUGGGAAUUGUAGUCCCAAAACAUCUGGAGGGCUGAGUUUGCUGCACACAUUGCUAUAUAGAACUGCCAGCAUACUUUUUGUGACAUUUGCAUGCGGAAACACAGCUGCCUGUGUGUUCUCUUAUUUUAGGGCAGAGUUAAAUUUCUUUAGCUAUUUGGCAUUUGUCAAUACUUUGGUACAUUUUGCUCUUCCUAAGUUCACGCUAAUGACUAGUGUCAGUCCUCUACUGCCUUCAAUGGUCUGGUCCUGAAAUUGUUCCGUCACCUAGAGUUGAGCGAGUAAGCAUUUAGAUUCAAAUGUCCACAAAUCCUGCAGUGUAUUUUGUUCACUUCAAGUACACAUUUAUGACAGCUGCUGCUAAGCCAUUCAAGUAAAUUGGAGGUCAUGUAUCAAGCCUGAUUGUUUUGCACAGCACAGUGGAGAGUGUUCUUGCAAUGGUAUUCUUAGCAGUCCAUGUAUGUGCUUUACACAAACAGAUUUCCAAGAAUAAUCGUAACUGGUGUUUAUUUAGCUCAGAUUUUUUUUUUGUAAUUGAAACAGAGCAUUAAUUUGUCCAUGUUAAUGAAUGCCACUCAAGUGGCAAACUUUUAUGAAAUCUGUUUAAAGUCAUCUUCUACAUAACAUGAAACUAAUGGCAGUUUGUGUAAGAAAUAUGAAAAAGGUCAUGAGAAGGGCCAUAGCCCAGUGUUGGUUCAAUCUACAGGUAGGGAUGGGGAAAAUAACCUGUAUGAAACUGCAGAGCUACAGUCAGUCAGUAUAGACUAGUAUAGCUAGCUGGACCCAGUGGUCAAAGGCAGCUUCAAGUAAGCCUGAAUAUUUUUUUUAGGCCAUCUUUUAUUGCAGACUUUAUAUGGGUUAUUUUUGCCUGUACAUAAAUUUUUUCCACUUCUCUUUAGAGCCCUGGAAGGAGAUCAGAAAAUCAAACUGACAGAAUCACCGAAGGACAGAUUUCUCAGCAUGCAGUAUAUUUUCUCAAUACUGCUCUUCCUUCAGGGGAUGAUGGACAGGUUCCUGCUGUGCCAACUCGGUUACCAGUACUGCAGUAUGGAAACCCUUAUACAGCCCAGGAAACAAGAGGUUUGGAAACUAUUCGCACCGGCUUUUGUUUUCACUGGAGAAUUCCAAAUGGAAAUGUACACUUCCGAGCAAAUGAAGUCAGUAAGCUAAUUUUGGCCAAUAGUCUUUAAAGGUAACAGUCAACAAAUAUUGUUUUACGAGGAAGAGGUUUAUUUUUUUAAAAGAGAAUUCAUUCACCUACACUCUGUCCAAGUUGUCUGUUUUACUUAUUAAACUCUUGAGAAAUUAUUUUCGAGUGUGUUUAAGAACUCUCUGCUGUAUGCCACUUGGAGUUCAUUGCCUGAUUGUGAUUGCAGAUGGAGCAGAUGGUGCUUUUUACCCUGAUGAGAUCCAAAGGCCACCUGUAAGAGCACCUGCUUGGGAACUUGAAGACAAUGUAGUGUGCAGCCAACCAGCCCGCAACCUCAGCCGGCCUGAUGGUUUAGAAGAUCCUGAGGAUAGUAAUGUAAGUGAGAAAUAAAGUAACUUCUUGCUCUUCUUGAGUUUUGAGGUGCAAGCCUUCCCUUCACAAUCUUACUAAGAAAAUUUCUUCUCUGGAGGAGAUGCUUCUUUCUGAUUAACCAAAUGACAAAUUUCGGUCACAGCUAGUUCCUUCUAGUCGCUGACCCCAUCUAAAUGUAUGCAUAUACACUCCUGCCUGUUCAUACACUUCUGUUUAUAGACCUCGGCUGCUCCUCUCUGCACCACGGUUGCUGUUACUAAUUAUUAUCUAUGGGCUAUGCUCACUUGACAAAACACACAUUGACAUAUAGUUACUUAUCCAUAUAGUGGUAGCUGUAACAUGUGCACUGGGUUAACCAUGUUAAAUUAUCCUAAUUGGAAGGGGUUUCAGUGGAAAUUCAGGUUGGAAAUGGGAAGAAAAGUAGUAGACAUAAAGGUGAAUGCCAAUAGGGAUGUUUUUGAAACAAUAAUACUUGGAAGCUGACAUUACCAAACAUUUAAAUAGAUGUUAUAUUACGACUACUACAUGCUUAUAAAUCACCUACAUUUUUCUAAGUGCUAGUAAAGGUAAAGGGACCCCUGACCAUUAGGUCCAGUCGUGGCCGACUCUGGGGUUGCGGCGCUCAUCUCGCUUUAUUGGCCAAGGGAGCCCGCUUACAGCUUCCGAGUCAUGUGGCCAGCAUGACUAAGCCGCUUCUGGAGAACCAGAGCAGCACACGGAAACGCCGUUUACCUUCCCUUAUCUACUUGCACUUUGACGUGCUUUUGAACUGCUAGGUUGGCAGGAGUAGGGACUGAGCAACGGGAGCUCACCCCGUCGCAGGGAUUCGAACUGCCAACCUUCUGAUUGGCAUAGUCCUAGGCUCUGUGGUUUAACCCACAGCGCCACCCGUGUCCUUUUCUAAGUUCUGUGCAUAGUUAAAAUACAGCAUUUUGUACCUGCAGCCUGACAAUCUGAUGGACCCAGUAGAAAAAGGAAAAGGGAAUGGGGAAGGAAGAGGCAAACAAGUAUUUGAGUAGCUGCACUCCCAGUGGCUGAUGUAUGGAGCCACAUUGGUCUCCCUCUUGCCAUUAGGUACUUCCUGGAAAGUACAGGAAGUGCAGCCCGCCUGUGGCUGUAGGGCAUCUGGCAGAGUGCUUCCUUUCUGCAUUUCCUGGUACAUUAACAAAAGACAAUUGGUAUUUCCCAAUACUGGAAGUCUCGUCAAUAAUGUAAAAGUUACUUUCUUUAUGGAAUUCCUGCUUCAAACUGUGGUUAUAGUCCCUUGCCCAUGUAAUAUUUAAUAAAUGUAAAAUAUUUAGGACAUGAGAUACAAUAAACUACGGUAAACAAUGCUGUUAAGUGCUCGGCACAGUUUUUUGCUCCCUUUAACUUUAAGAAACACUUGAAUAAGAAACAUUUCUUUACAAAGUCCUAUGCUCUUUGCAAGCAUAGUGGUAUCACGACCUACUUCUCAUUUAGUCUAGUUUGCCACAUUUAAUUGCUAUUAACCUUUGCAGAAACUGAUCCGUGUUCAGACAGGCAUGAUUUUAGCCCUGGUGCUCAGUACCUAUAAUGGAGAAAAAUGUAUCUCUUCCUCCUGCCUUUUGCCCCCUGAGUCCAUUACUGUGAAUAAUUAAGAAAACUGUCAGAACUUUUGCGGCCUAUUUAAGGUCUUGGAUGUGAGCUUAGUGCUCUUCCUUACCUUUACUUCACAUUUUGCAUAUUUAAUAUGAUCGUUCUUGGCACAGACAUUACAGAUGACAAGCCCUUCUCCUCUUUAGUCAUCCACUGCAGUUUAAUUAGCAGAGUGUUCUUUCUAAUCUAUGUGCUUUGCCCUCUCGCAAACCCAAGAGGAACAGAGCUAAAGUCUUGUGCUCAUUUGCUGACACAGCUUAGAUUUGGUAAUGAGGUAGAAGGAUCCUAAUAUGCUCAAAUGGGAACCAACUUUGGGCAAGUGUGUGCCUGUUCACAGAAGAUUUUUCUUGUCUUACAUCAAAUAGAAGUUUUAACAUCUUAUCAUCCUACUUUUCCUGCUUGUCAAGUGAAGAUCACUUAAUUGUUCCCAGCAAGGAUGUUCAAACAGAAGAAAUAGGAUGCUAACUACCUUGCACUUGCUAACUACCUACAAAUGCUUGGCAGGCACCUAUAGAGCGGAGCAGAUUAAUAUCAAAAUACCCCUUCAGAAGUAAGCAAACUAAGCAGUUUGUGGCAGGAAAUUUAUCUUAUUAGAUGUAGAGCAUCUAGCAUAAUGAGCUAUCAAGAGAUCAGAUAAACUGUCUGGUUGCUUCCUUUUUAAGUGGAAGCAUCAGUGGAAUGCAUGCAAGUAUCCUGCACAAAAAUGUGCAAUCUUGUAUUCCCUUCUGUAUGCUGGUGUUGACAUCUAUUCCUAAAUCAGAAUCUGCUUAUGUAUGUGCUGUGUGCUUGAACUUACGCAGUUAAUCCCAGUCCUAAUGUAUCUGCUACAAUAGGGUAGCAGCUUUGCAUGGAGUCCUCUUAUUACAUGUAAGACCUAACAUUGUUGGGGAUAUGCAUAUACAUAAAAUGCCUGCAAUCCCUUCACUUUUUAAAAAAUUAGUGUAAAUAACCUGUUAAUCAGAUGUACGGCCUGUGAAUGUAUGCUCAAAUCUCCCUGUCAGUGUCUUCUGAAUAGUGGCUAAGUGCAUGCACCAAACUGCCAAUAUUGAGUUUAUGUGAAUGAUAAAAGUACAUCUGGAAUAGCAUUCUGUGGACUAUCUCUAAAAAUAUAUCUGGGAUAGUAUACUUUGCUAAUUUGUUAGCUGCUGCCAUAACAUUUUUAUGUGGGUAAUAAACACCUGUAACAGGUUGGAGCAGGCUUCCUCAACCUUGGCCCUCCAGAUGUUUUUGAGACUACAAUUCCCAUCAUCCCUGACCACUGGUUUUGCUAGCUAGGGAUCAUGGAAGUUGUAGGCCAAAAACAUCUGGAGGGCUGAGGUUGAGGAAGCCUGGGUUGGAGCAAAAAGGAAAAAUAUUAACGAGCCUUUGUAUCUUAUUAGUUGAUCUGAAAAAAUAAUUCUUGUUAGUUACAUCACAAAUGUUUCCAAAUGUCAAGACACUCACGUAGUUGGUUUUGCAAAACAGGCAAAAAUAAAGAAAACACCUCAAAUCCUCUUUCAAAUGUGGUAUUGCUUGAGCACUUAUAUAUUCAUGUUGAUUUGCUGAAAUUUGAAAUUACUUGAGCGCAGGAAUACAUUUUGUACAGUUCUUAAAAGCUUUCUCUGCUAGAAGCUCUAGGGCAUGCCUUGGUGUAGUGAUCUUACUAGUGCCAACUGCAGCUGUUUAUGUGCUGUUGCUGCUCGUGAAACGAGCACAACUGACAGUGAUGAGAGGAGCCAGCCAGAUAGGAUGAUUCAGUAGUAGUUGGGCCUGACUGCAAGGUGACAUAAGUGACUUGUUGGAUAGGCUGCAGUGGCACAUCUAGCCCACUAAAAAAACUUAGUCAUUGGGAAGAAGUCGUCUUGUGGCACCAAAUCAAUGACUUCUUCCCACCUCUUGUAUUUCUUGCAGAUAAAUGUUUUAUCAUUUGAACUUUUUUUUAAUUUAGCAGUAUAUGAAAUGAAAUUUUGGCUUAAUAUGGUGCCCUGUGUCUUUAUUUCAAAGAGGGUUUGCUUUGUACCUAGGCUCCAGCUAUUCUUAUUGGGGUGAAGAAUAAGAAUGAAGAAUUUUUGAUUUGCCAGUUGAUGGAGAGAAAUACAUUAGAUAUAUAUAUAUAUAUAUAUAUAUAUAUAUAUAUAAAUGAAUGAGAUAAUAUAUGAGAUAUAUAUGAGAUAAAAAGCCGACCGUUUUACUUUCAGGAUGAUGAGGCAAGCACACCUUCUGCUCCGGAGCCACCAAACCUCGGCUUACAAGAACGUGGAACAGGCUUUUGUUUUGAUUCCAGGUAAGGUAGUUUCUUGUAGGUGAAAGUGGUGUCAGGCAUAUAGUAAUGUUGGAGCCAUCAUUUACGCUUUCCUGCAACAUUCCACUAUCAUGGCAUGUUGACAGAAAUGAAAGAAAUGAAAGGUUCCGUUGGGAUGGGUCAUAUCUCAUGCCAUGGCCUAAGCAGUUCUCUGGAUCACAACUUUUUAACUUGAAAAUGGGAAGCUGCGGAAGCCACAUUGGAUUUUUGGCUUCCAAAAAAUGUUCGCAAACCUGAACACUUCUGGGUUUGUGGCAUUCGGGAGCUGAUUUGUUCGACAGCUAAGCUGUUCGAGAACCAAGGUACCACUGCACCACCACUAUUUUGUGAUACAUUUUUAAAACAAAACAAAAAAAAGACUGCAGUUUCAAUUUGGUACACAUUGUUCUAGCUGUAGAAACAAAGUGGAAAGGGGGAAGAGUUUGUUGGAGGUAUUUUCUCAAAUAUGAGUCAGGCUUGAAUGAUUCACUCCCACUAAUUAUUUGGGCUGGUUUUAAUUUGUGACAAAAGCGAAAUUGUCUGGUUAGAUUUGGAGGCUCUGUUUACAGCAGAAUGUUAACAUCUUGGGUUGUUGUUUUUUAAUAAUCAUUUUAAAGACACAUCAACCCCUGCUUUCCUCCAUUAAGAGAUCAUAUACCUGAGGCAUUUAAAAGGAGACAGUGCACAAAAGCUAGAAAUUGUUGGGGGUAUGUGCUUUAAUCCUGUGGAAAACAACUUUGUUAAGCUGGAUGGCAUGCAAGUAUCAAAAUUCAGUUGCAAGGUUGGGGCGGGGGGAGGCUCUCUAUGCUAAUAAUGAUAAUUGUGACGAUAGAUUUCUUACCUGCCCUUUACCAUGAGAUCUCAGCAGGUUACAGCAAUUUAAAAACACAAUAUGUAAACUACAUAAUAGGUGUCUCACACACCUGUGGGAAAGAAUUCCACAAUUUAGGGGUGCCACAGGGAAUGCUGGCAAUGGAAGAACUCAAACGGUUGUUCUUUCCUCUUUUAUCCCAAGUUUUGUGCACAUCAAGAAGUGUCCCCUAUGUGAAGUGAUGUUUCCUCCUAACUAUGAUCAGAGCAAGUUUGAAGAACAUGUUGAGAGUCACUGGAAGGUGUGUCCCAUGUGCAGCGAACAGUUCCCUCCUGACUAUGACCAGCAGAGCUUUGAAAGACACGUACAAACACACUUUGAUCAGAAUGUUUUGAAUUUUGACUAG